CACCUCUAUGGGACGCUCGACGUGGUAUGGCUUGGAAUCAUCGGUCGAGGAUCGUUUGUCGUCCCGACCGUAAAUCUUUAAAAUAUAACGCCGCAAAUCGAUGUGUAACUGUGUAUAUGCGCGUGUGUAUGCUUUGUGCGAUUACGUGCAGUUUUCCGAGGGGAUGUCGCGUUUGUCUCGCGCAAUUUCCUUGCCUUCGUCGUUGAUUGAACGAAUUACGCUAAAUCAAGAAGAAUCAUUCGUCUGCAAUGCCUUAAUUAGGUUUAUUUCUUUCGAUUGUACUUAGGUGUUUUUGACUUUGCCUAGAGUUAAAACGUAAAUAAGUAAGAUCGAAGUGGCAAAAUACAUUUUUUUUUGUAAUUGUUAAAGGAUUGCGCGUCUCGAUCCGUAAAUCCUCAAUUACAAAAUUUAUAGCUAAACAGCUCUGUCACAAACAAUGAAAUUAUUUGUGAUUAAACAUAUAAAUAUGUAUUUUAUUGCGUUAAGAAAAUAUCUUGUAGUUAGAUAUUCUAAGAACUUAUCAACACUUAGGGUGUAAAUGAGUGAGGACAAGCAAGUUUAUUUAUUUAUUAUAAACAAAAAUAAUCAAUUCAUGAAUUUUCAAUUGUGAUCACAGGGCUUGUGACUAAAUAAUACUGCAAUGUUGCCAGUAAUGAAAUUAUUUACUUGAUAUGAAGAUACAUUCUAUAUUAUUUAACAUCUGUUUUGAAAUGUUCACGGAAACGACUAGAAUAUAAAUAACCAAUGGCAGAUUGAAUGUGUUCCAUUUCACUCAUAAUGAGCACAAUGCAUUCAUUUUUCCUUAUUGUUCACUGAAUAUUAAACAAGGAUAAAUAAUACAUUAUAUGCAUCAUGUGGGAAACAAAUAUUCUCAAUGACAAAGUUUUAAGCUAAUGGAAACCAAAAUGAAAAUAACCAAGGAUAGAAUGACAAAGUAUAUUUAUUGUAAACUUUGUUAAAUAAUCAAUAUGUGCUAUUACAGUCCACUAUAAUUACACACAUUCUUGAGGAAUAUGGAUGACAAUAUGAUAGUUUUAUGGAAUGUUAUCUGUAUAAUUCAAGAAUGAAAAUAUGAAGAGUAGUGGCCAUAAAGAGGAAUCCGUUGAUAAAAAAAGAUAUGUGUUUUUCUCGGAUCCUGAUGUUAUCGCCAAACGCGCCGAGAUUUCUGCUGUCGCAGCACAGAUUACCCGAGAACUCGAGGCGCAACAGAAGACUUCUGACGAGCAAUCAGUUGAUUUGCAAAUGCCCGCAAUUGACAUAAAAAGCUUAGAAAAUUUGCUAUCUUAUUAUCCUGUGCAGCCACAUCCUUUUACAUUUAUUAGCGCAGUGAAACAAAAACUCGCCUUAGAAGAUAUUACUGAUUUAUGCACAAAAGUACAUCACUCAGGUUUUCAAGCAAAAAGUAGUUUGACUUCUUCGGUACUAAAAGCAACUAGUACACAGAAUUUGAAUACACAAAAUCAAAUUGUACAAAAAAUGGAUUUCAUCAAACCAUUGAAAGUACCAGAUCUAAAAAUUUCCCCCAAAACGCUAGAUUUCACUGGCAGAGAAAAUUCUAUUUCAAAGGAACUGCCUUUAACCAAAUCUGAAAUAGCUGCAAAGGAAUUUGCACAUGACAAAUCUGAUAAGAACUUAAGAACUGGUGAAAGAGUACAGAGAAAAUUGGACUUUUCCUCAGAUGGCUCAUCAUUUAUUAAUUGUGAAAGCAUAGAGCCGUUGAAAGCACCAAAUGUUUCCAUAGCAUCUAAUUUGAGUAAGAAGAAGGAACAUGUUAGAGACAGCUCCAGAGAAAAAGAAAACAGAUCAAAGAGAAUGAAGAAGGAUGAUUCUUCGAAGAGAGAUGAACUCAUACAGGACCAAGUGAAACGCAGUCGAAGUCCAAGACACAUCUCCAGAAAAGAUGCUAGCGAUACAAGUAACAUAAAGUUAUCAAAAAAUGAUAGACUAUUCCAUGCUACAAAAAGUAAUGACUUUUUGUUGAUAAAACCAAAAGAUAAAAAUUUCGUAGCACCUAUUGCUAAGAAAGAUGAUAAAAGACAAAGAUUCUUUAAUGCACAGUCUGUAGAUUUAACUAAAGAUUCUCUGGAAUCUAAAACUCAAAUAUCUAGCAAUGAACCGUAUACACCAGUUUUUCCAUCUUGGAAAAUAUUAGAUAAAGUCACAUUGAGAGAUAAUAAUAUAGGCGUUUUAUUCAAUACUGAAAAUAAAUCUAAAGAUGUAAGCCAUUAUUUUUUAAAGCAAAAGUCUGAAAUAGAGGAUUUAAAACAUAAAUCUGAUAUAGAUAAUAGACAGUUGAAGCAAGACAAAUUAAGUACUAGCUAUAAAGAGCAAACGAAGAGAGUGUCUGAUAAAAACAAAAUUUUGUUAAGUAACAAAAGCGAAAAUAAACACAAUGUUAAUUUAGAAUCCUCGGAAGAUGUUGAAUUUAUGUCUGAAACAAACAGUUCCAGGAGUCGUAUAAGCGUUUAUCCUACAAAUUCUACACAGCUAUCAAAAAGUAAAGGUCUCGAAACAGCUAUGGACGAUAAACAAAGCAUUAAUUCUGUCAGAUCAAUCAAAACCUCGGAGAAUUUCAAAUAUGCAGAACAUUCCAUAGCACAGUCUGCAAGCACAAGCAUUAAAAAAGACGAGGAGUCGUGUUUCCAAAGCGUUAUUACAACUCAAGAAACUACGACUAACGAUGAUUCAAACGGGAUAGAUGAUAGCACACUGCCAGAGGCAUUGUUUGAUCCUAGGAGAAUCUCUCUCAGAGAUGGCUAUUCUCAACCAGAAUUUCAUAAUUUAAUGACACCGGAAAAAAUGAAACUUAUGCUCAGAUCGAAACGAAGGAGAUACUUGAUGCAGAGCAGUGAUUCAGAAGUAGACGCAAGAUGCCCGAAGUACAAGCCAAUAGUGAAGUCUGAAAAAGAAGAAGAAGAAGUACAAUUGAUACACCCAACAGCUUUGCAUAUGCAAUUUCAGGCAGAAUUGCAUCUUUAUGAUUCUUACAAUGAGUCUCUUCGACAGGUAAUGGACGUUGAAAAGUGUUUGUAUAACACUAAAUGCGAAAUGCAGGAACAAAAGACUUCACAGAAAGUUAAUGAAAAUGAUGAAGAAAAGAUCAUGCAAAUUGUAGAAGACUGCGCAGCUGCUGCAAUCGAUAAUGAUGCCGUUGAGAAAACAACAUGGAAUCCAACUGAAUAUAUAAAAAAAGAUAUUGCCGAGCCUCGAAAAUCAAACGUUGAGGCCCAUUUCAGUAGAGAGCAUUAUAUCUCAAAUCGCAGCAAUGUUGAUGAAUUGAAUUAUGGAUUUAAUUAUGAAAAGUUUAAUAAAGCGGUGAUUAAAAAAGCGGAAGUACAAACACAGACGGUGAACGAUAUAGCAACUCAAACAUACAUGGCAGAUAUAUCCGCGGACGAACGAAAUGCACAAAAUAGAUUGUCAGAAACCGGUGAAUCGUUUUUGAGGGAAAACGAAAUUCCCCAGCUGUCUUUAGAUUCAGCUGAACAGUUCGAAGAUUUGGACCAAAUAGAAGAGAUAUCACUACCCAGCAGAAUAAGGACUAUGUCGGAGAUUAGUUUGCACGAAACUACCUCGUCUAUAAAAACGGAAACUGGGACUGAAAUUAGUAUUUCGACUCGAGGAGUAACAUGCACGUUUACUCAAUAUAUUGACUCAGAGAUAGCACGGCUCUUAAGAGACGAGAAUCAACGAAGCUCUCAAAUCGAAGAGUUGUUUAAAUUUAAAGAGAAAACAUUGUCUGACAAAACUAAAAAGUUGGUGGAGUUAGAAGAACAAAAACGUGCAUUAAAAGAUACUGGACAAGACAGUCGUUCCGUGAAAAAGAAACAAAGAGCGUUGCUUCUAAGGUUACAAGAAGAAAAGGCAGAAAUUCAAAGAUUAAAAGAUUUAUAUGAAAUUACAAGCCAAGAACGAAAGCGUAUGUUGAAAAAACAGAGAGACAUAUUUAAUCAGAAAAUGUCAACAAAGAAUAUCUUAACAAAAUUAAAGAGGACCGCAGAUAGCCAAUCACCGAGAAGAUUGUCAGGUCCUAUGAAGGGUUACGAUAUACGUAGUAAUAGCUCUAUGAGCUCCUUGAUUGAUUCGGAUAAAUCUCAACAUGAUCGGUCUCAGAUCGACACACGGUUACAAGCAUCUGAGAGUGACGCAUCUAAAUUUGACUUGUUGAAAUCUAACAUAUUUAUAAGUUUAGCCGAAGAAAGCAACACAUCUGUGGCGAGACUUGACCUAGCUGAGAGUAAGGAACAGGAGAAAAGUCCCACACAAUUACAAAAAAAAAGCGAUAUAUCGAAACUGAGAUCUCGAAAAUAUGAAGAAAAAAUGCCUAGAGCGGAUAUCUUACGACAGAAGCAAAAUCAGCUGGAUAUGGAAUCAAAACGGAUUCAAGGCCAUCCUAUGAAGAUAAACAUUAGGCUUUUGGAAAAUCAGGACCAAAUCAGACUAUCGCAGUCACCAAAACGAGAAGUGGAAGCGUCAGCACUCGAUUAUGUUAGUAUAAAAUCCGAAUCUGAUACGUUAGUGGAAGUGUUGUCUAAAAAGUCAAGAAUGUCGCAAGGAACAGAUUCUUCUAUACAAACCGCAAUGAUUGCAAAGGAGAAGGCAUUAACUUCUAAUGCUGUAACUACUAACAGUGAAUCUAUAGAAGAAGAUAUAAGCGCGAUAAUCCAAGAUACCAUUUCAAAGACAACGCAGUCCCAAAUCUCUGAGAUAUCACAGAGUAUAAGUAGGAAUUCUAAAAAGAGUGACAAAACUAUCAUGAACGAUAGAGAUAUAUCUAAAAAACUGCAACAUAAUGCCGACCUAAAAGCAAGCUCCAAGCGUAAAAAUGCCAAGCAUCAGAAAACGAAAUCAUCUUCUAGUAUAUCAACGGAAAAUACAUUGAGAUCCAAAUUAAAUUCCCAUAUAUCAGAGGAGCUUAUCAAACAUCACGAUAAACGAACGAAAGUGGAGAAUGAGAAAAAAUUGCUUCAAUUAGAUAACAAUAAGAAAAGUUCAGUCUUAGACGAGUUGGAUUUCAAUGAAAGUCAAACUUCGCUUCAGGCGCUUGUUACGCUUAACGAGCAUUUGGAAACUAUCAAGGAUAAAAACUCUAAAUUAUCAAGUGAAAUAAUAAGCAAGAGCAAGGAAAAUGAAUCCUUUCAAGCUUUGAACAGAAAAUUUGAGAAUACUGAAGGUCUUCCCAGGAACGAGCAGGAUACUCAAAAUGCAUCCAUAUCUCAGAUUAAUACUUUCGCCGUUUCCCAUCACAGUUCUGAAGAAAGCGAGAAAAAUCUCUCGAAAUCUAUAGUCGUUAGGUCGCAAGACAGAGAAUUUGAACAAAUUUUGAACGCACGGGAAACUGCACUUGCAUCGCGCAAGAACUGCGUCCAGGAGUGGAUGGCGUGGCAUGCGAGGUUAAGAGUAGAAGAGGACCGUGUUACUCGUAUGGAGCAGGCAGCACUUAAACUUAUUGCGGCAGCAUCUAAUGUUUUAUGUCAGCAAGGAGGGGAGAGACGUCUAUACUCUUUUAUAGAUACUACCAUAUCGUCCGAUACGAGCGAUGUCGAGGGAAGGAUAGGAAAUCUUACUGAAAAAUUAGCAGCUCGACGUCUCGAAAUGGCACGUCUAAAAAGAGAAGCAAAGAAGCAAGCGAAGAAACAACUACGUGUUCUAGAAGCAAAUCUGCGGAAUCAAAUUGAGAAAUAUGACACGACUAUCAACGAGAUGCGCAAAAAGUUGGAAUCAAAGAAAGCUAUUAAAGAAGCGGAUAAAUUAGUUAUAGAGCCAAAGUCACUGGCUGACUUCAAAGUACCUGAAAUACCGCUUAAGAGAAUACAGGACAUUUACAAGAGCAGUGAUUUACUGAGAUCUAGAUCAGAAUCUGAUCUCCUGUUAACGAGAAAUCAGAGAAGGCAAAACGAUUUAUCGAAAGUUGUAAUGCCUAUAGCGUACAGCGAUAACAAAUGUGAAAGAGAUAGUUCUCAGAAAUCUACAAAAUCUGCAGAUACUAAGAGUGCGAACGCUUUCGAAUUAAAAGGCUCUACGGAUCUCCAUGAUAACACUCGAUCUAUUUUUGGUGAUUAUACAUCGAUAGAAGCAUAUGAUAAAAUUCAGACAGCAUCAUCGACUUUAGCAUCAUCGACUUUAGCAUCAUCAACUUCAAGUGAUGCACGUUCUAUAAAAUAUGCUUUUUCUAUGCAUAAACAAAUCGGAGAAUUCACUGGAGAUAUUAAACAAACUAGCGUAUCACAUGAUGCAGGAGAUGCUAAAACGGAUCUCAGUUUGGUGCAAUCGGAAUUAGAGAUGCGAACGAUAUCAGAUAGAAUUGAAGACCGCAGCACUAUUAACAUUGAAUCGGUAGACAAUAAAUUGAUUACUAAUGUUGAUCAAUCACAACCGGAAAUCCGUAGAGUGUUAUCUAAAACUCCGGAAAUAACAAGUGUCGGUUCUAACUCUAUUCCGAUCAAAUCCGUAUAUUCUACGGAAAAUGUUGCGCGUAUUACUGAUUCCAGUAUACUUAAUUAUUCGAGGAAAUUGGAUUUUUUGCAAUCGAAUAAUAAGAACUUAAGCGAGGAUAUAAGUUCCAUUGAAAAAGAUAUUAAGGCACUUUCAGAAAUAAUGUCGCGUUUAAGUAAUGAAUCGAAUGAGAAGUCUAAAACAGAUAAUGACGAAAGGAAUACGUCACAAGAUAUAUCAGAAAUAAUAUCUAAAUCAGUUUUUAGCGACCAAAUAAUUGAUAUUGAAAACGAACAACAAGAAGCUAAGAACGAAAUUGAUACCGAUUCUUUUUCCAUGUUGAUAAAUCAUAAAAAAUCAAUAUCUUCUAAUGAUUUGAGCCAUAAUAAAUCGGACAAAAUAAAUAAUGAAAUAUCGGCAAUAAUCCCAGAAGAAGCUUCCACCAUCUCUAAUUCAUCUCAUGAAAUCGAUUAUGAAGCCAAAAGCAAACAGAUUAUGAAUGAAAUAGAGAAAUCUAUACUAUCACAACACAUUGAAAUUGCAAGUGGCAACGAACCAACUUCAGUAUUAGAAAGUAGAAACGAAGAAUUGUUGAACGAUUUGGCCUCCGAGCUCGGUAUCAAAUCGAUUUCUGAAAUUCUUUCCAAAGAGUCGGAAAGCAGAAAAAGUUUUGAUCUUACGAAGAAUACGACGACCCAAACUAUUGAUGAUGUGAACACAAAUAUAAGUAAGCAACAAGAUUUAAGUGAAACAGUACCUGAGGAAAAUCUUGUAAAAGCUCAAGCAGGAGAAGUGCAUUCUUUGCAACUUUCCGAACAUUUUAACAUCGCAUCAGUGCAAUCUCCCAUCAUUGCCGGUCAUCGUUCAAAGGAAACAGUGUCGCAACACGAUUCUCAAAGCGCAUCUAGCUUGGUUUCAAAUCAGAGCUCGCACUUACUUGUCGAUACAGAUUUAAAAUCGUCGAGAAGUAUUCCCAAGGUGGAAGUCAAAAUUAACAUUACCGAUGAUGUGAAGAUAUUAAAGAAUCUUGAUGAAGUUAUUCAAAUAGAGAUGCCUAAUAAUACCCAACAAUGCGCCGGUCAAAAUCGAUCAUGCAUAGUCAGUGCGGAAAAUAUUUCUGGUGAUAAGGAUGAUUGGACGACGUCCGAUUCGUUUGAAGUCCCACAAGAUGAAAUUAGCAUCGGAGUGGGUGAAGAAUUUGAGAAUUCGAGAUUGGGUUGGGAUAAUGCUUUAAAUAAUUUCUCGGAAAUGAAUGCUUUACGCGUCGAUGACACGACAAAUCAAGAUGCUGAAAGCAAUGUAUUAAGCGAUGCUGACAUGUUAGCCUUUUUUCCAAAGGGAGAAUCUACCAAUGUUGCGGUACAGGAUGUUAUGUUCAACGAUAUAGCACAAUCUUAUGUAAAAAGUAAUGACGAACUCGAUGAUAUAUUGGAUAUAAUUGCUAGAGAAAACGAUAAAGAGAAAAGCGUCCCUGAAAAACUCGAUAACGUAAUUUCUGAUUCAAUGGCCGAAUUAUUAGAUAGAGUUAAGGAUAUUGUAGAAAAUGAUAGAAAUGUGAAUAACCAGUUUAAAGGAUUUUUAUGUGAAAUGGAUAUCAGUGUAGAUAAUCGAACAGAAGCGUUUUCAGAUGCUUUGAUGUUAAAUAAUAAAGCGCAAAGCGAAACAAAUGUCGAAGCGAUACGUGAAAAUAAUGCGGUCUCUGUAAAUAUUUGUAAAGAUAAUAAAAUUAAUAAUAAUCGCGAAAAAAUAAUAAAUACUUCGUUACGAACAGUUGAUAAGACCGAUGAUAAAUCUGCCAUAAAUGUAAACUUACAUGUGGAAAUUGACGAGGAAAGUUCACGCGAAUCGGUGUCGAAAAUGCAAGAAAUUAUAAUAACAGAACUAGAUUCAAGUAGCGCCGAGGAUAAUGUAUUAUCUGAACUUGAAAUUGAUGCCAAAGUUGAGUUGGCCGAAGACGAUGAAUCUGUCAUAUGCAAUGUAAACGAGAACGAAAGUCAACGUGCUGUGGAAGGAAACAAAGGCGUUAUGCUCGUAGAAAUAAAAGAAUAUCUGAAAUCAAUCUCGGAACAAGACAGUUCGGAUGGUGAGCAAUUAGAUAACUUGGUGGAAAUUGUAGUGAGUGGAUUGGAUACUGUAGAAAAAACCGUUGCAUCCUCGCGCGAUACUUCUCCCAAGUCGGAAACGGAUAAUGCAGUACCUAUGAUGCGGACUGAACAAGCUAAAGAAGAAACAACGAUUGGUACAGCCAAGAAGAAUAACGAAACUACGAUAUCAAACACACCAGGAAUCGAAAAUAUUAAUAAAACUUUUGAUAUACUAAAAGAUCCAGAGUACGAAGACAUCUCUGAAGAGAGCCUCGAGGUGUCCGAAAUUCUAGACAAAGAUGAUUUUUCAAAGGCAAGCAUUGCGAGGAAAUCCGCGAACUUGCCAGAGAGAUAUCAAACGACUCAGAAGUCGGAAGAUAUAUUGAGAAUACUGGAUGAAAUCUCACAGAAAUCAUCGUUCUAUUCUGCGAGCAAUUCACAAAACAACGAGAGGAGUGCUCAAACCGCACCGAGUGCUACGGAAGAGAUCACUGAGGUUUUGGGCGCGGAGGUUUCCGCAGCGGACGAUUCAUCUCCCGAAAUAAAUAGAAUGAAGUUUGAAGAAGAAUCUCACGAAGUGGAUAAAACGAAAGAUCGAUUCUCGGAAGAAGCAAAAUUACAAGACAGACAAUCAGCAGCUAGCGAUGCGAACGAUUUAUCUGAGAAAAGGAAAGCAGUUUCUUUGAAAUUAGAUGAGAGUGACAAGUCCUCUCGGAUAAUAUACGAGCUUCGCGAACGAGUCUCACAACUGCAAGAGCAGAAUGGCUCAUCUGAAUCCAGCGAAGCCAGUGAUACUCCAAGGGGUGUAUCCGAGAUCGAGAUGGAUUCGCCAAGAGAUUUCAAUGACUCGAGGUUAGAUAUUGAUAUCUUAGACGAUGAUCUUCUGAGCGGCACUAAAGCGGUAAACCAGAGCAUCGAUAUGGAGACCAAUUUCCAUUCCGCAUCCAUUGUUACAACAUCCGAAAAGGACAUCGAGACUAUGAUCCAUGAAUUAAAAGCUUCACUAGGACAACCUGGCCAGGAGCUUGCCGAACUGGAAGCCAAGCUGCUUCGACUCGAACAGUUGCAGAUUGAAUUGGAGAUUAAAAAAUUGGAAGCGGAGGAAGUGUCUUACUAUGUUCGAGAAAUACCGAAUAAGCCACCGCCUCCUUACACCCCACCUGGAGAUGGCCGGUUAUCAACUUCGCUCGGUUCGCCUUCAUUGGUCACCGCCGUAAUCCCGUCAAACGUUGAGGAAUUGACGUCGUUCACCGAGAAAUCCACAACUUUGAUAUAUGAUGCUAAACUAGCCGGCGAGGAUAUUGCGAAUUUGGAAGCGCCUCCCGAGAUCUACGAGUUAGCCAAAGAUGAGAAUGAGAAAAGGGACAGGCGGAUCUACAACACUUUUCUUUUUGAUCUCUGUAAGGAGAUCAUCGUCGAAGUCUAUCGAACGGAAUAUGAGAACCCCGGCCCAAGUUGGACGAAGCCGAAUGUGAAAACCAAGCCCACGAUGAAGAUCCCGAAGAACGUUGAGGAGCUCAUCGAGUAUGUUAACAAGGAAGUCGCCACUUUGUUUGGUUUCAAGACGAAACUACAGCGAGAAAACAUGGUGAUGCGUUGGAGCAGGAAGCGCAGAGAUAGGGUUGACGAGUUGCUAGCGAGAGAGGCUCAGGCCGAGGAGGAUGAAUGGACCAAAUUUCAUCACGACGAACUGUCUGUGAAGAACGGACUUACACUAGCUAUUCUAGACACCCUUGUGAUGGAAACUGCGAAUGUGAUAAAAAUAACGUAUGGUAAGAAAAGGAGAAUGAUGGUGUAGCGAUUAUUAACCUUCGCAAUUGAAUAGAGGCGUUAAAAUUUAUUGUUAAUUUAAAAAAAGUAAAAAAGUAUUCUCUCAGUCAAUGUUUCCUCAAGACUGCGUUUCGGAUACCAUGUUAUUGUCAUUCGCACUUUUAUCCAUUAGUAUCUUAAGUGUGACGUAUAGGCUGGUUCCUAUUUAUUUGUUAACUAUGCAAUUUAUUGCUCUUCUUUCUUUUUAUAUAAGAUUAACCAAGCGGACGCGUGUAAAUGUUCAAUUGUAAGUAGACAAAUCACAAUAAAGUGAAAUAUAAAUGACAGAGAGAGAGAGAGAGAGAGAGAGAGAGAGAGAGAGAUGUUAUUAAUACUAGCCAUUCACAAUUCAAUAAUCAAAUGCCCUAGGUCAGUUUUAAAAUUUAUUUCUUGUUAAUGACAAGUUUAAUGAGUUUCUAGCAUUUAACAAUAAUUAUGUAUAUGUAUAGACUAUCAUAAAACAAGUAGCAUAAGACUUGCGGUGUUUUUACAGAAAAUGAGAAAUAUUAAUCGAAAUAUUACGAAGCGUUUUGUUCAAUUUAACUUGCACAGAAUUAUUAGAUUAAUAAUAGAAAUAUGAUCUCUUGUUAUGCAAGUUUUAUAUACUGUGCUUCUUCUAAUGCGUUAUCAGAAUAUUUAUUAAAUUGUACAAUAUGUUAUCCUAAUAAAUACGCGAUAUUUAUGCUGUGUUGCAUUUUAAUUGAACGAAACGUUUCUUGGAUUGCCGUAUGUAAAUCAUAUUUAGCAAAACAAUAGAAUUAAGUAGUAAGUUUCAAUAAGUCAUGUUGGACAGCAAUCACAUGCUCAAUUACUUGUAAUAAAAUUAACAAAAUUCAAACGGAAAGACUGACAUUUCGGGGCCACUUUGAUCGAAAUUAUAAAUCGUUGAACGACAUACAUAUGGAGAUUGUAUCGACGAAAACGUCGAUUAUACAGGGUGAGGCGCAUAAAUUUAUCUUGGAGAAUAUUUUUCUUCUCUUGCUAAAUCUUGCUUAGCUUCAAAUAUCUUAAAUCAUGUCUUAAGUGCUUCUCCUGCUUAUUGGUUUUUGAGUGUUAUAAAAGAUAAGUUCUUUUUUUCUUUAAUAAAGACCAUCUGCGUAUACAGGCCCUGUAAUCAUGUAUAAUACAGUCAAGAUUAAAUCAUACACCUAUAUACAAUUAUUACAUUUACGUUUAUUAUCGACGAAACUACUUAUAAUUUGUUAAUGGACUGAUAAUCGAUCAAUAUGCGUUCAGUCGCGUCGCUUUUGAUCGUCGCGAUUUUGUUUUACUCGUGUAAUUUUAUGUUUGUGGUUGUGAUGUAAACAUUAAGACUCUCACAGGAAUAUGACGAUGGCACAUUGAAACGUUGUGCAAACAUAACUUUAUCGUAAUUUUUCUUGAUAUUUCACUAUUACGAUAUUGAAUGUGCUUUGUCUUCAAAUUCUUGUACGCUGUAGAAAUGUAAAUACUGCAGCGCUCAAAUGUAACGUCCAGCGUCGUUCCUUUAUACGCGGGUAACAUCGCUUUUGUAAUUUUAAUUAGAACAUAACUUUUAUUCCCACUGUGCGGGCUGCCCUCAGCCUUUUCCCAUUUGCAGGGUACUCUUGUAGAGUUCACAAUUCUCUUUAUAUUAGCAAUUCUCGACCGCGUCUGUAGUUGUUACAGAGAUUGUUCACGCAUGUAGUGUUGAAUAUGUACUUAAUUAAGGUAUAUUUUAUAAUAAACUUUUUCUGAAAAAAAAA